CGCGGCCAAGCCCCGAGGAGACCGAUGGCGGAAGCGGCCCUUAACACGAUCCGGAAGCUCGAGGCCAACAAGGCCUGCGCCAACUGCGACGCGGUCGCCAAGUUUGGCCACUCGAACAUCUGCGAGAAGUUCAAGACGUUCGUCUGCAACAACUGCAAGAGCGCGCACCAGAGCUACAGCCACCGCGUCAAAAGCGUGACCAUGUCCAAUUGGACGAAAGACGAGGUCGAUGCGCUCAAGGAAGAGAACGGCGGCGGCAACGCGGUCGCGCGCCGGACGUGGCUCGGCGCCUACGAAGACGGCCGCUCGAUGCGCAAGCCGACCGAGUCGGACCACGUCGAUGUCUUCAAGCGCUUUAUCAACACCGUGUACAACGACCGCGCCUUUUACGCCGAGGGCGCGCCCAGCCGUACGCCAGCGCCAUCGUCGUCGAACGCGUCGUCCGCCUCGACUCGGAAAGCAAAGGAAACUCCUGCGGCGCCAAGCGCCGACCUGCUCGGUUUCUCGCCGCCGCCGACGCCGGCAUUCGAAGCGUCGUUCGAAGCCUUCUCGGCCCCGGUGGCACCCGCGUCCUUUGAAGCGUUUUCGGCGCCAGUCAAGCCGCAGGUCGCGUCACCGACGUUUGACGCGUUCUCUGCGCCCGUCGCUCCGGCACCGUCGUCGACGGCUUCGUUCGAUCCGUUUGGCUUUUCGGCUGCGCCAUCGUCGUCGGCGUCGUUUUCGCCGGCACCGCCGUCGCUCUUCAACGCACCAAGCAGUACUGCUACCACCACCACCAACAACAACGGUGGUCACUGGUCAGCGUUCCAAGGCGCGCCGGCCGCCGACCCAUUUGCCGUUGCGAUGCCCCCGUCGCUCAACGCGGCGGGCAUGCCGACGGCAUUUCCGACUGCGCCCGUGCAACUGUCGGGGCCGCCGUCGGGUGGCCAUAGCAUCAGCUCGCUCUUGGACCCGACCAUGGUGGCCCACCCCCACGCCGCCUACGGCCCACCGCACGCGUCGUACGGCCAAGGGUACCCGUCGCAACCGACCGGCUACGGCUACAACAACGUCCCUGCGCAAGGCUAUGGCCAGCCCCAACAGCAGCAGCAAGGGUACGCGCAGAGCUACGGCGCACCCAAGGCCGGCGGUCGGGAUCCGUUUGCAGGACUUGCAUUCAACUAAACGAAUGUACAGUACGA